AUGACGGACCUCGCCUCCGCGGUGAACAAAGGACUGGCUGAGCAGGUAGCUCAGCUGGCAGGUCUAGCAGACAAUGUCAAAUAUUUCUCCGAGGUGGUCAAAGCACAGCAGAGCGAGAUUGCCGAGCUCAAGUCCAAGCAGGAGCAGCUGCCAUCUUACGCGGCGGACCAGAAGAAGAAGAAGCGGCGCUGGAUGGGGACAUUCCCGCGCAGCCUCACCGGGAAGCAGCGGAGUGAGCACUGCGAGCAGAUCGUAGAGCCCAAGCUACCGCACCACAUCAGGGACCCCGUGACGGUCACGAUCGCGUGGGUGGGCAACAGCUACGGCUUUACGUUUGCCACUGUGUUGCCAGCCAAGGAGUUCAGCAAUCUCCUUCGAGAUCAUGAUCUUUCCUGGGCGGAUCCCAGGGACGGCCGCGCGCGCGAAGUCUACCCGAGGAGGGACAUGCCGAUCGACGUGCGCCAGCGCCAGAGGGCGGCAAACAAGCUGCACGAAGGCGGGAUGACUUUGCUCCGUAAUGGGGGCAAGGACGUGACAGGCUUCAGGCUCGGAGCGCACGGCUAUCAGGGGCCGAUGCGCUACGCGUCCAGCGACGAGGUGUUCGAGAUG